ACGUCGAGCUCAGACCACAACUUCCCCCUCUCGCUUGUGACUUUUUUUUUUGUUGUUGUUAUUUUUGCACCUCAUCGCUCUUCAGUGCCGAAAAGUCUCCCGUCGGGUCACUCUGUGUGCUGGACUCGAUAGAACCAUGACCUCGUGGCGCAGGAGCCCGUUCCUGGCGGCUAUUCCUCUGUGGAUGAGUUUGGGUCGAGCUGCCGCGCUCAAGGAACCCGAGAUCUGUUAUGUGCUGGAUGGUAUUCUGUUUUUGUACGGCAUCAUCCUGACCGCUCUCUACUGCAGGCUGAAGAUACGCGCCGCUAAGGAGUCUGCAGAGGCGAAGGCAAAUGGCAAGCAGUAUGCCGACGAAGGCGUCUACACGGGUUUGACUCCUCAUGCCCAGGACACGUAUGCGACAAUUGACCUGAAGAAGUGACAGGGAGAGAGAACACAAUCCAUGUUUUCAUUUGAUACAUUAUGCAUAUCUUUGGGGACAAUUCAAAUUUUGAGCCUUUUGCACAAUUUGUGACAGAGAAAUUUGUGUCAUUCACUUUUCUAACACUUGUUCUCGAUAUUGUAUUGAUUAAUGACUAAUAAAAAGGAGGGGCAUGUUUA